CGCCCGCCCUCGGCUCCGCCGCUGCGUCCGCGAUGCUAUCCCGGUCUCGCUGCGUGUCCCGGGCGUUCAGCCGUUCGCUCUCCGCCUUCCAGAAGGGGAACUGCCCUCUAGGGAGACGUUCCCUGCCUGGGGUCUCGUUAUGUCAGGGACCAGGUUACCCUGACAGCAGGAAGACUGUCGUUAACAGCAGCAGUGUCCUCAGUGUUCGCUUCUUCAGAACUACGGCCGCAUGCAAGGAUGAUGUGAUUACAGUCAAAACCCCGGCGUUUGCAGAGUCUGUCACAGAGGGAGACGUCAGGUGGGAGAAAGCUGUUGGAGACUCAGUUGCAGAAGAUGAAGUGGUUUGUGAGAUUGAAACUGACAAGACAUCUGUGCAGGUUCCAUCACCAGCAAAUGGCGUGAUUGAAGCUCUUUUGGUACCUGAUGGGGGAAAAGUGGAAGGAGGCACUCCUCUUUUCACACUCAGGAAAACUGAUGCUGCUCCUGCUAAGGCUAAGCCAGCUGAAGCUCCUGCUGCUGCAGCCCCCAAAGCAGAGCCUAUGGCAGCAGCAGUUCCUCCUCCCUCUGCAGCAGCCAUACCCACUCAGAUGCCACCAGUGCCCUCGCCUGCACAACCUCCUGCUAGCAAACCGGUAUCUGCAAUAAAACCUACUGCUGCUCCCCCAGUAGCUGACCUAGGAGCUGGCAAAGGUCUCCGUUCAGAACACCGGGAGAAAAUGAACAGGAUGCGGCAGCGCAUUGCUCAGCGUCUGAAAGAGGCCCAGAAUACAUGUGCAAUGCUGACUACUUUCAAUGAGGUUGACAUGAGUAACAUCCAGGAGAUGAGGGCUCGGCACAGAGAUGCUUUUCUGAAGAAACAUAACCUCAAACUAGGUUUCAUGUCAGCAUUUGUGAAGGCCUCGGCCUAUGCCUUGCAGGAACAGCCUGUUGUAAAUGCAGUGAUUGACGAUACGGCCAAAGAGGUGGUGUAUAGGGAUUAUAUUGACAUCAGUGUUGCAGUGGCCACCCCACGGGGUCUGGUGGUUCCUGUCAUCAGGAAUGUGGAAGCUAUGAAUUUUGCAGAUAUUGAGCGAACCAUCAGUGAACUGGGAGAGAAGGCCCGAAAGAAUGAACUUGCCAUUGAAGAUAUGGAUGGCGGCACUUUCACCAUUAGCAAUGGAGGCGUUUUUGGCUCGCUCUUUGGAACACCCAUUAUCAACCCCCCUCAGUCUGCCAUCCUGGGCAUGCAUGGCAUCUUUGAUAGGCCAGUGGCCGUAGGAGGCAAGUUGGAGGUGCGGCCCAUGAUGUAUGUGGCACUGACCUACGACCACCGGCUGAUCGAUGGCAGAGAGGCAGUGACUUUCCUCCGCAAAAUCAAGGCAGCGGUAGAGGAUCCCAGAGUCCUCCUACUGGAUCUUUAGGAAGAAGCCACACGCCCUCCAAAUUGACCAUGCAGGAACUGAAAACCAGUCUUCUCCCUGUCCCCUCACGGGCCCUGGGUUAGCCUGGUGGCAGGCAGGCACAUGCUGUUGGCCUCAAGCAAGGAAGCCAGGGCACUAUGUAACCAGCAGUCGCAGGUCUUUUCUUGGUGUUCCUGCCAGGCUCUCUCCCUCUCUGCACUCUUCUCUUAUGCUCGAAUACCUUAUUUCCUUAGGCUUGAGAGAGAGAGAGAGUCUUAAAGGACUUUCAUUAAUAUUCCUGCCUCUCUUCCAUCAGCUCUCCACAGAGAUGAUUUUGCUUCUCCCCGGUGCCAUUAUGUAAUAGGGAAAUCACUGGGACGAUGUGAUUCUUCAGUUUCUAUCUUGUGAAAGUCCACUCUCCAGAGACAUGCCUAGGGCGCUGCCCAGUCUCCCAAGCUCAGAGCAGCCUCUGUCCCGGCUGUGCGCAUCCUCACUAGAUUCCACCUGUGUGAGGCAUUGAACACGGGGAGAGAUGCUGCUUUGCUUCUUAAAUGGCACCUUCAUUCUCAGCUUUCAUUGACUUCAAGAUACCUCUUCUACCUCUUCCAGGAAGCACAGGCCAGGGGAUCUAGGUUGGAGAGGGAGGACGAGAGGGCAUAUUCCUCCUGAGGUUGUGUGUUGUAAACAUAGACGGUAGAGGAACCCGGACCUGCCCUCAUACUCGUCAUAGCCUUGCACCAGGAAGACACAUUUUGGCACAACUACACACAGCUGUGUUAGUGCCGGCCCUUUCCAGACCCUUUCUAUGCUGCUGGAAACCAUUCUAGCACAUUGUCCUCAUGUAGAGCAGAUUCCAGCACAUCAUGGCAGUGAGACAGAGCAUGGUCACAACCAAGGGCUGAAGCCUGGUAGAGAUUGGCAUGGAGGUGGGGGGUUCUGUGGACUGGCUCAGAUUGAUUUGAGCUUUUAAAUUCAAGCUGGUACAGGCACGUGGGUUUCAGGCAGUUCUGUUCCUUCCUGCACUGGGGCCUUUAGGGAGCACGGCGUUAGCAGCUCUUCCUCUGCAGGACACAUCUGGGGAGAGGAUGGACUGUGAUGGAAACCAGCCCCAAGAUGUGGUGAAAUGGCUGAUGUCUUCUCUGAGGGUACUGCCCACUGGGUCUGGGCAUAGUCAUCGGAAUUCCUCGGAGUACGGUUAAAUGUAUCUUGUGAAAGCUACUGGGUUUCAUUGCUUUGUAUCCAACCGCAUCCAGGUCUGAGGCUGCUGACACUUGACACCUGGGGGCCGUUUAUUUAGUGCAGAGUGCCCACUUGUAUCUUGAGUGAAGAAGCAGGGCCUGGGGGAGGGGGGAAGGGGCAGGAGCAAUACUGAGUGCCUGCAGCAUCUACUAUGUCUUCACUAUUCAGAACUUGUAACUAAAAUAUUUAAAGAAACCAGUUUUAAAUGGAAAUUAAAGGGCAGAUGUUCUCAAACGGGGUUCCUGUUUCUGGGCUCCUCUUGGUUACUACAGUUGUACAGGUCUCCAGCACUGUUACAUGGAUAGCUGUCAUUAGCAUUGAAAGCCACUUAAUGUCCCAUUGAUGAUCCUGUGAUAUCGUGUACUUUUGAAGUGUUAACACCGUACCAAUCUGACAGAAGGUGGAACCCCAACUGUGUCUUCCUAGCCAGGAAAGCACAAGAGUCUUUGAGUACCUCAGCUUCCUGCUCGUUGGCUCCUCAAACUUGUCAAGCCCCAUCCUUGAGAAAUUGGGGUUCCACCUUUGUGAAGCCUCUUCAAAACACCACUUUUGUGGGAGCUUGCAUUAUUUCAGGGAGGGAUUGGGGAGAGGAGAGGGCACCUCGUAUAGUAUCUUGGAUUUGACUGCCACAUGUGCACCAAGAUGCUCAAGGUCAGUAAGGACAAACGAAGGUGGAUCACCUAGGAGCAGUGGUCUGUGCAGGUGAGUGGUCAGGGCUGAUAGCCAACCCAGACUGACUGCAAAUGACGGGUGAGAUGGUGCCCUGGCUUAAACACAGCUUUUUCUCCUUCCCACAUUUACGGUUUGCCGAUCUUGCCUGCAGUGAGGCCAUUCCUAUACAAAGGUCUAUCACAGGAAGAAAGUGAGUCCCCUAGAGUAGAACUAGAGCUGGCAGGUAGGAAAAAAAAAGGGAUUCAGUGAAAGGAUUUCUUCAGUUAACCUACAAAGUAGGUAUUUUAUCGAAAGUAAGUCAACUGUAAGCCCCAUAAGAUUAAGCCCAGGGCUUAGCAGAGUGCCAGAUGUGCAGUGUUUGUUGGAUGAAUAGAUGAUUGAGGCUCAGGUUCAUGACCCAAACCACUUCGUGAGGUGGUUGAAGACAUCGGACA